AUGCUGCCAACUGAAGUGAAAGAGGAAGUGAAGUCGGAGGAUGAGGGCUCGAAGACGGCUGCAGCUUCGUCGUCGAGGAAGGAGGCGAGCGGCGGGGGCGGCCGAGGAGCUGACCCAGAGGCGGCAGGGCGCAGGUACAAGGAGCUGGCUGACCGCGUGGAGGGCCGGUGCACCAUCGGGAAGAGUGCGGCGAACCAGGAGCACCGCCGCCUCUUGGACCAUGCAGCGCGCGCCCUAGCGCGGGCUCAGGAGCUGCGGCCGCAGGUGCUUGAGGAAGGGCACGGCGGAACCGCCACGCCCGAUGGGUCAGGAGCGGAGAUGCCCAGCGAGCCCGGCAAGGAGAGUUCGCUCAGUGCCCCCUCGUCCUGCACGGGGCGCAGGCGUGUCGAGUACCCGCGUCAGGGAGCCCUUGCCGAUGCCGUCACCGAGGACGAGGGAGACGAUGAUGGGGCUGCGAGCCCUGUCGACUCGGAGCUACAGGCGGAGUCGAUGGAAGCCGACGCUGGCACGAGCAGCGAGGCCAGGAUGGCCGCGCUGAGGGCCCGGGCCAUCCAGAUCAAGCGCGACGAGGACGACGCGGCGGAGAUGGAGCGCCCGGCCUACGCGCCGCUGCCCGGUGAGGACGUUGAGAUCGACCCGCGGGCGGUCGCGCGCUUCCUGGCGGACAGGCCUGAGCUGCUCGACGAGUUCGUGGAGGCGCAGCCGCCCGCGAUCUGCUGGCGCCUGUCGGACCACGGGGGCGGCGCGAACUACCUCGGCGACUCCAUGAGCCCAGCAUCGGCCAUCGCGCUGAGCAAGGCGGUCUACGGCUACGAGGUCGCGAGCGCCUACUUCCGCACGUACCACAAUGUCACCGCGGACACCUUCUCCAGGGUCGAGGACGAGGAGGCAGUGGAGCUGGCCAGGUGCAAGGAGCUGUCUGACCGCGUGGAGAGCCGGCGCGCCAUCGGGAAGAGUGCGACGAACCAGGAGUACCGCCGCCUCUUGGACCACGCAGCGCACGCUCUAGCGCGGGCUCAGGAGCUGCGGCCGCAGGACGAGGCAGGUGACGGCGACACCGCGAGCCCUGUGGAUUCGGAGCUGCGGGCGGAAUCGAAGGAAGUCGAUGUGAGCGCGAGCAGCGAGGCCAGGAUGGCGGCGCUGAGGGCCCGGGCCAUCCAGAUCAAGCGCGACGAGGACGUCGCGGCGGAGGAGGCGGAGGAGCGCCCGGCCCACGUGCUGCUGCCCGGCGAGGACGUCGAGAUUGACGCGCGGGCGGUCGCGCGCUACCUGGCGGACAGGCGGAGCUCUAGCAGCGCGGGCCCAGGUGAGGAAAGAGUGUACGCCCACCUCGAAGCCAUGGAUCCACCCGAGUCGUGGUUCGAGCGCCGCCUGGUGGACCGCCACAAGGUCAACAUGCGCUUCUUCGACAUGUUCGCGAAGCCGAAGUCGUUCUUCCCCCACGAGCUGAAGCCUGGGGACACCAUCCGUGCGUUCUACAUGCAGCCAACAUUGUCCGACAAACCGGACGGCGAGAUCAUCCCGAACAUCCCUUGGCCGCUGACGAGCAUGAAAGAGAUCUACAUCGAUGGCAUUAUCCUCCGCUUCAAGGGCAUCUACCACGGCCGCACGAUGACCGUGCGCACCAUGGUGGGCAGAAGCGCGGAACAGAUGGGCGUGGAAGUUACGAUUCCCAUACACUCGCCGCUCCUCACGAAGAUAGAGGUUCUCCGCCGCGGCUACAUCGGCCGUAACAAGAACGCGUACUUCAUUCGCGCCAUGAUUGGCAAGAAGAAUGUGAUCCCCUUAGACAAGGAGAGGACGGAGAUGGACAAAUUGUACCAGAACCUCAAGGAUGACAGACGCGAGGACGAGAUACCCGAAAAAGAGUAUCCGACUGCGGAGUGGGAAUCGUACCCGCUCCCCACCUGGUGGCAAGACACAGAGCUGUGGGACGAGGCCAACUACGACCCCGACAUGUUCGACGACAGGUCCCGCUACGAGAAGGAGGUGUUGGGCGCGCACAGGCAGCGCAUCCGGCCCGUCAUCCGCACGGGCGAGACCGGGGGCAAGAAGGAGAAGGUGGGCAAGCGGUGAGCAUCUGCGCGGCCAGCGCGCGGGCACCUCCGUGCGGGCAGGGGUCGUCGGCUGUCGGACGAGGCGUCUCGCUGUGCUCGCAAGCAGACCCUGGCCCAGAACGGGCGGGCAAGGAUAUGCGGAAAAUCUCAUCCCCAACUGCAAGUGCCCUACCC